AUGAUGCUGUACCGAAGAGCCGCCAACCCGCUCAAAUUAGUCAUGGUACCGGGCCAUGAGUGGACUAGCGAGUUUCAGGGCAAGAUCAGAGAUUUUGGAUACUCCAGCCACGGCAAUCACAACUCCAUGAGCUUAUUACGGACAGCAGAGCUAUAUGGAGGUCAGGAUGCCAGCAUGAUUAGUUCCUCUAUCACAAACCAGCCCCAGUUCCUAGGCGAUGCAGACCGCAAGUACAGAGAAUUAGUCCGCCAGCUGCCCUCGCAGGCCUGUAUCGAGAUCUUGAUCCAAACCUUCUUUUCCGAUAUAAAUUGGCAGUAUGACCCGCUUGACGAGGAAUCAUUCAGAGAAGACUUAGACAGAUGGGGAAAUAUCUCAUACUCUGACCUUCAAGGUGGCUUUGGAAGGCUGACGCCGGGUACCAUUGUGUUUCCGGCAUUACUCUUUCAAGUCCUCGCACAGGCGCUUCUUUUUCACCCUCCUCAUGACGACAUGAUCAAUUCUCUCAUCAUCAUCGCUGACAUGACCUUCCAUGAUCUUGCGGCUGAAUAUAGCGAUGCGGGUGCUGAGCUACUCGCAGUUCUUGGGAAAAAGGAUAUCACACUCACCACGGUCCAAGCAGGUUUGCUACGUGCCUCAUUUCUGAAAAGUAGUGGCAAGGUCGUUGAAGCUUGGCAUGCACUUGGGGCAACAAUCCGCGAUGCACAGGAAAUUGGUCUACAUACUGGACGAAUUAUGGCUGGAUAUUCUCCAGUUGGGCCCAGUCAAGAUAGGCAAAAUAUCAGUCUCGUUGGUCACAAAAUUUGGGUGGUCUUGCAUAUUUGGGACGUCCACAUGGCUGUCGUUCUCGGUCGACCGAUUACCACCGAUCUCCAAAUAGAUCGCUUCGCUCGCACUAUAGAGGAUGACGAAAGGCGGCGAGAAUUAUUCUCGCAUUGGCAAACUGAAACUGACCUCCCCCGACCAUUUGACAUUAUCCUCGCUGGAUUUAAUGUGGCUUAUCGAUACUUCAAGGACAUCCACCAACUGGAACAUAACGGUGCCACCCUCCAAGACUACCCCACGGUCGAACGUAUCCACACUGCAAUCAACAUGAAUUCCGAACUUUUACCCUCUUGGUGUCGGCUCGAGAACCCAGAUACGAAGUUUGAUCGACUGCCGGGGUGUCAAUGGCUACCUGUGGCCAGAGAGACACUGUCCUCGCUCAUUCACCUUGUUCUUCUCGCACUUCAUAGAACAUACAUAUUCUCUGUUGCCAACAGUCGGACUGAAGCCAUCAAAGCUGGGAUAUGCAUUCUUCGUGCCCAGGAACGACUAUUUGAACAGUCACAGCCGCACCAAUGCAAGGUGUUCAAUCCAGUCUACGCCUCUUUCGAUGCGAUUGUUCUCCUCGCAGCGCUCUGCCUUGUCUUUCCGAAUGAGGAUCACGAACGACGAGCAGAGUGUAUCCACAUUGUUGAAAGGGGGAUGCAAAGACUGGGCAUUAUUGGUCAAUCUAAUUCCAUGGCAAAGUCAGCACACGGCGUUGUCUGCAGCUUGUACCGUCGCCUAAGCCAUCGGCUCGACAUCCCCGAAAAUUCCGAGGAAGAUAGAGCAUCGUUAAGCAAACCAGAAUGGAUACCUCCUAACAGCGACACUGGUGUCUAUUAUGGGGCACCGUCGGAACUCUCAUUUGGCGCCGUUCUACCUCCGCGUCCAAUCCAUGACUUGUUCUAUGAUCACAUUUCAAGUACAACAAUUCCCUUCAUGACUACACCGAAUAGUUUGCCUUUUGACCCACUUACUAUGAGCGUUACAAAUAGUUGGAAUUUCGAAGGGGCAUUCUCAGACGCCAGCUUUUGGAAUUUGAUGAACCAGCCUAAUAAUUGA